UUGGACAAUACGUGGACAGUUUACACUUUGAUGAAUCUCACACUAUGCGACCCUCGUGGUGGUGUAUACAUUGUGUUGUCUGCAGUAUAGUGACCGACAGCCGUACGGGGGCUACACCUGCUGUAGGCGUCUAUGCUCGCCUUGGAGGACCUGUGACUGUGACGUGGGCCAUGUCUCCCAUCAAGGAGUUCAAGGUGAUGAAGGAUUACAGGGUACUGUUUCAGAUAACUGGCAGCAAUAAAGUAACAGUUGCUGAUAAGGAACUGAGGACCAGGAUUAAUGAUGACUCAUUGUCCUACACACGUGGAAACUUCAGUUUCCAGCUGUAUAACGUGACCCCCUCUGACGCUGGUCAGUACAGCUGUCACCUUGACCCGACACGACCCCCGUAUCGAAGAAUCAGGAUGCAAAACUGUGGACAAACACUUUAUGUUAUUGGUGAGUACCCAUAUAGGAGUGUCUGUUAUAUUACUGCAGUUCUAAUGUGA